UAGAUUUAUCAUCAGCGCGAGCUAUGCUGACAGUGGCAACUGACCUUCGGAGGUUGGAACCUUCCGUGUUUCCGACCUACCGCCAAUAUAGUCCAAUUUAGCGAAUGCGAAUGCCUACCAGGCUUCCACGAAAUUGAACGGAAACUCGCCGAGGCGGCUGACGCGACAGCCCAGCUUCGGAGUGCCAAGAGUCCGAAAGACGUGAUGCUUCACGCUCUCAUGCCGGAAACAGCUCCUGUAUAUAUGCCCUUCCUCGCGUCCGACAAGGAGAGAAGGAAGACGGGAUAUCAUGUCCAACAAAAUCAAGUCAUCUCAAGCAGCUCACGGCGCGAAUACGGUACCUUAAGAAACAGUCCCUUUUGACCUGCCAAUAUCCGAAACACUCAACAACCAUUCAGCGAAACCACCACCGAAUCCAGUCACCAUGUCAGCCCCCAGCGUAAUCGUCUUCGGCCCCACGGGCACCGUCGCCUCCUCAGCGGCUCUAACCGCCCACGCCCACGGCGCAGCCCACAUCACCCUCGCGAUGCGCAACCCCUCCAAGCCGCUCCCCAACGCCGCCCUGACGGAAGCCGAACAAACGCACUCGGCCUCCUUCUCCCGCAUCCAAGCGGAUCUGACCGACCCGGCCAGCGUGCGAACCGCCGCCGCCGCCUCGGGCGCCAAGGUAGCCUUCAUCUACCUCGUCUUCGGCAGCCACGACGGCAUGCGCGGCGCCAUCGAGGCGCUCAAGGCGGCCGGGGUGGAGUUCGUCGUGUUCCUCAGCAGUGCGGGCGUGCGCGAGGGCGAGGAUCCGCGUGCGGUGUCGCCCGCGCACUUCAUCGAGUUCCAGCACGCGCGCGUCGAGGUCGCGCUGCAGGAGGUGUUUGGCGACGAGGGAUAUGUGGCCGUGCGGCCGGGGUAUUUCGCGAGUAAUCUGUUUCAGUACGCAAAGCAUAUUGCCAACAACAAGGCCGGCGGGGAGGUGGUGAGGCUGGUGUGUCCCGAGGCCAAGUUUGAUAUGAUCGCGCCGGAGGAUAUUGGGCGGGUGUGCGGCCGGUUGUUGGUCGAGGGGCAGCAGGCGCUGAAGCAGGGUUCGGGGGUGAAUGUCGUCAUGUUGGCUGGCCCGCAGAUGCUUUCGCAGGCGGAGGCAGUGGGGGUGAUUGGGAAGGCUGUUGGCAAGGAUAUCCAGGUGGCCGGGUUCGACGACGAUGAGGAGGCCGUCAGGUCGGUGAUGCAGGAUCUCGGGAUGCCUGAGCCGGGGGCGAGGCAGAUCGUCAAGAACUUCAAGGCCGUGGCGGAAGGAUUCAGCUAUUAUGGGGAGAAGUACCAGUAUGAGAGGGCUGUGGGCAAUGUCCUCAAGUAUGGUGGCAGGGUGACGCCCUUUGCUGAGUGGGCCGAGGCGAACAAGGCCAAGUUUGCCUGAAAGGGGCUUGGAUGAAUGCCAUUGUUGGAUAGCUGGCUAGUUCAAAUACGUGUAGCAUUAGGUAUUAAUGACUAGACACAUUGGGUACUCUUGUGCUUCACCC